AUGAUCAUUGACGGGGAGAAGUACGCCUGCGAGGCCUGCGUUCGGGGUCACCGUGUUAGCAAUUGCCAACACUCUGAUCGUCCCCUUCAGCAUAUCAACAAGAAGGGCCGCCCCGUCUCCCAAUGUCAACAUUGUCGCUCAAUGCGCAAGUCGCGCUCUGCCCACAUUAAGUGCGACUGCGGCGAGAAGACAAGCAAAUGCGCCCACCUGCAACCCACGGUUGAGGGUCAUCGAGAAACCUGCUGCUGCAACCAUGGUGGUCGUUGUACCUGUAGCCACAAGAAGGAGCCAGCCCUCGACACCGUACCCGAAUCCGACUCCGACAAGGAAGCUAUUGCUCCUCGACCGAAGCCGCCCAUUCGUAGACGUCGCGCGAACACGGUUCACUCUGAUGGCAUGUUGACCUUCGACGAGCACGGCCAUCACAAGCCCGCUCACAAACACAACAAGGCCUCUCAGAAGUGCGGGCCCUACCAACUCAACCGUGUGAACUCCCUACAUAGCACCAGCAGUCUGGGUAGCCACUCCCCUGAGCGCAUCAGCGACAACCCUCUCAAGGACCCCGUGACUGGCCGUGUUGCGCCCGUCCGCCAACAGCGACUUGUCAAGUCCGAAGCCGCCUCUCCCUUGAUGAGAGGCUCUUCUAGUUUCCAGCAGCUCAACAACCAGCUACCGCCGCUUGAUCUGUCCGGCAUCGAGUACCCGUCAUAUGUGCCCAAUGGCUCUUUUGACCUGUUUGGAGGCUCUGGAAUGUCGGAUCACGAUGCGCCCAUCUUCAGCGCCGGACUGAGCGCUGCUUCAGUGGACUGGAGCCAUAUCGAUCUCACAGACAGGACGGACAAGUUUGCUCCCUCAAGUUACAGCCAGGCCGGUGCGCAGAGCUUCAAUGGCAUGUUCGAUUUCGGUACCGGCUCCGAGCCGGCCCCCACACUGGCAGCGACAACCUCGACGUCAGGUGAAGUCUCCGAGGUUGAGGACAACUUCAUCGCAGGCGACAGCGAUUACGACGGCUUUGGUACUGGAAGCAGCAGCUUCAUCCACCCGGCAAGUUACCUUGCUACCGGCGCGGAUCUCAGCACGAUUGAUUACGAUAGCUUUGCCAAAUCAUCGAGCAACAAAUUCAUGACGGCACCCUCUUCGUUUGACGAUGGCGGCCCUAUUGCUGGUGGGUCCCUUACGUUUGACGAUGACCCGGCAUUCUGGGGCCAACAGUUCAAUGACGGCAUCGCCACUUACCAGGAGUCUCCGGACGGCCUGCCGCAGUUCCACGCCGAUUCUUGGACCUUGCAAUGA